ACACCUCCUGGUCCAACACUUAAUUUUCAGCCUCAUUAGCACCUCCAGCAGCGCUGGCACCCCGCGCCUGGCCGCCUGCCCGGGGAUGUAACAGGUUGGCACCCGCAGGAUUUAUCUCCUGGUGAUGGGGUGCCCGGGGCCAGUGCUCGCCCGGGCUUCGGGAUGCGGGAGGGGAGGUGAGGAUGAUCUGGGAUGUGCCAGUUCCUGAAACCAGGAUGGCCUUGGCAUUGAGCUGCCCGUUCACUGCCGUCCGAGCUCACAUGACUGCAAAAAUAUACCAUGAAUGCAAAAAUAUACCACAAAUGCUUUUCUCCUGCAAAAACAGAAGCCCGGCUUGGUGCUUGGCCAAGGGGAAACUGAGGCAGCGCCCACAGUGGUGCUCUGGGCUGUGCCACGAUUGCAAUUAGCCCCAGGGCUCUAAUGAGCUGUUCCCCCAGGGCGGUGGGCAGAAGUCACUGCGGGGGGGGGAUGUCUGGUCUGUCGCAUGGUGGCUCUGCGGCUCUAUCUAAACUGGGGGGGUCCAAGGGCUCCCCAGAGCAGGGAGGGGGGUCACCGUGUGCCUUUAGGGGGGAUGGGAGGAUGCUCCAUCCUCCCCCGCCUCGGGGGCUGCACCCAUGCCCUGGCGUGCGGUUUCUGGGGGGUGUCCAUGGGGGUCCCAGAGCAAUCCCCCCCCCCUCCAUCAGCAGGCCCCCGGGUGCCGGGUGAGCAGGCCCACCCCGGGGCAGGCGGCCGCGGGCGCUUUGCAGCCGGCCUGGCCCUCCCUCCCCCGGCCGGGCUUUGCACACGAGUCCCCGGCGCUUCACACGGGCCGAGGCCACCGGCUGCCACCAGCGCCGGCCACACACCGGGGUCACCCACCCCGGCCCCCCGCACCGGAGGAUGGCAGCCGGCGAGGAGAAACGGCACCUGCUGAGCGAGGGCGCAGGCGGGUAGGGGGGUGCCCAGGGAGGGGGGGACUGGUGUCCCCUCUUCCCUGUGGGGCUCCCAGGUGGGGUCCCCUGGAGGUGUCUGGCCAGGGAAGGGGCUGGUGGGGGGAAGCGUUCAGUGUCCAAUCCGCUCCCCAAAAAUCCUUCGGGGCCCCCCCGCUCCAGCCCCUGACGGCUCCUCUCCCCGGCAGGUCCUACCUGGGGGCCGUGCAAAAGAACGGGCACAACUCGGUGCAGGGACAGGCGCCCGCCCUGGAGAUGGGGACACAGCGCAGCCGGCACUGCCACGCACGGGGGGCCGCCGGCCACCCCGGCCAGCAGCAGCGGGCACGCAGGAAGCUCUACCUGGCCGCUGGCAUCUGCCUUGUCUUCAUGGUGGGGGAAGCUGUGGGUGGGUACCUGGCGCACAGCCUGGCCAUCCUGACGGACGCAGCCCACCUCCUGACGGACUUUGCCAGCAUCAUGAUCAGCCUCUUUGCACUCUGGGUGUCCUCACGUCCCCCCACCAAAACCAUGAACUUCGGCUGGCACCGGGCAGAGAUCCUGGGGGCCCUGCUCUCUGUGCUCUCCAUCUGGGUGGUGACGGGCGUCCUGGUCUACCUGGCGGCCCAGCGCCUGCUCUCGGCCGACUACGACAUCGAGGGCAGCGUCAUGCUCAUCACCUCCGCCUGCGCCGUGGCCGUCAACGUCGUGAUGGGGGUGGCUCUGCACCAGACGGGGCACGGGCACAGCCAUGGGGUGGCCAGCGAGCAGCCCAACGCCAGCGUCCGCGCGGCCUUCGUCCACGUUGUGGGGGACCUGUUGCAGAGCGUCGGCGUCCUCAUCGCGUCCUACAUCAUCUUCUUUAAGCCCGAGUACAAGUACGUGGAUCCCAUCUGCACCUUCCUCUUUUCCGCGCUGGUGCUGGGGACGACGCUGACCAUCCUCCGCGACGUCCUCCUUGUCCUCAUGGAGGGUAGGGACCCAUUGGGGGGGUGCAGGCCGCAGGGUCACCCACGGGUGCAGUGGCCCCCGUCCCUCCAGCGCCUGCGGUUCUCCCUCCCCAGGCACCCCCAAAGGGAUGGACUUCAACGCCGUGCGGGAGACGCUGCUGGCGGUGGGGGGGGUGGAGGCCGUGCACAGCCUCCACAUCUGGGCGCUGACGGCGGCGCAGCCGCUGCUCUCAGUGCACAUUGCCAUCAACGCGGGUGCCAGCGCGCAGGAGGUGCUGGAGGAGGCCAACUCCCGGCUGCAGGGCACCUUCCGCUUCCACACCACCACCAUCCAGGUGGAGAGCUACUCCGAGGAGAUGCGGGACUGCCAGGAGUGCCAGCCCCCCCGUGA